CCAGUUGGGGAUGAUAUGUUUCAUUGGCAAGCCACAAUUAUGGGACCUAAUGACAGCCUAUAUCAAGGCGGUGUAUUCUUUUUGACAAUUCAUUUUCCUACAGACUACCCCUUCAAACCACCUAAGGUUGCAUUUACAACAAGAAUUUAUCAUCCAAAUAUUAACAGUAAUGGCAGCAUUUGUCUCGAUAUUCUAAGAUCACAGUGGUCUCCCGCUUUAACUAUUUCUAAAGUUCUUCUAUCCAUUUGUUCACGGCUAUGUGAUCCAAACCCAGAUGACCCCCUAGUGCCAGAGAUUGCACGGAUCUAUAAAACAGACAGAGAUAAGUACAACAGAAUAUCUCGGGAAUGGACUCAGAAGUAUGCCAUGUGAUGCUACCUUAAAGUCAGAAUAACCUGCAUUAUAGCUGGAAUAAACUUUAAAUUACUGUUCCUUUUUUGAUUUUCUUAUCCGGCUGCUCCCCUAUCAGACCUCAUCUUUUUUAAUUUUAUUUUUUGUUUACCUCCCUCCAUUCAUUCACAUGCUCAUUUGAGAAGACUUAAGUUCU